CCCAGGUUGACAUAAGUCACGUGACUACAGAUGUUUCUAAAUAUGUGCCCAAAAACCAAAAAACAGUUAUCAGAAAUCGUUGAUUACUAAAAAAUAUUUGUGAACAUCCUUCGAGUUGUGGAAAAAUGCCGAAUUAUACUUCAGUUGAAAUGGAUGAGAUGCCACCAACUCAAGAACAAAAGGAUUUAGAAAAGCCAUUUGACAUGGACUUUUAUAUAAAGGUGGCAGACAAGAUUAAAAAGGACCAACUGUCUGAAAAUCGUGCCGUUGACGAAGUCCGUAUAGAGCGUUUGAAAGAAACGCAUAAGAAAAACACUUUGCUUGUCAUUUUACGAGAUUGGCCUAAAAAUGAGAAGUACAAAAAUAGACCAGAUUUGAUGGCAAGCUUGGAAUACUUGAUAAGUCGUUUUACUGAGAUAAUUUUGGAAGAUGAUCAUGCUCAAAAUUUUUGUGACGAGAGCGACGACGCACAAAAGACACUGCUUCAUUAUGCUGCAAAGCAAAAUUUUGUUCAUGUUGCAAAGCAUCUUGUGAAAAAGUAUCCAAAACGUGUUUAUCAAACGACAAAAGCUGUAGUCGGUAAAGGAGAAUUUUUACCAGUUGAAAUGGCUCUCGAGGAAAAGCAAGAUGAAACUUCAGCAUUUUUGAUUAGUCAAAUGACACCUGACAGGAUUUACGAGCUUUUCUUGUACGAUGAUUUGAUCGAAGGAGCUAAGUUUGAUUUACGGAUGCUAAUCAGUCAAUCUAACAUGAAAAAAACCGUUGUGGCAGUUUUGAACACCUUGAUCAAUCCCCAUUGGCCUUACCUGCCUCAAUUGCCUCCGAAUGAGGAGAAGGCAAAGCAGGAAACCAAGGAUCUUAUUGAACGUGUGUGUAGCUAUGUUCCUGAUGAUCCCUUGAAUUACGACUUCUUUUAUCAUGUGUUGGAAUGUGAUAAAAGUGGAGUGCUGCCAAAUUCUGAAACAUUUGACAAGAAGUCAGAAACAUGUUUGCUUCAUUUGACAGCUAGUGAUAAUAAGGAAGCAAUCCAACAUCCUGUGAUUCGAAUGUUUGUCAAAAAAAAAUGGAAGAAUUUUGCUCAUCGUAUUUUUUGCAUACAAGCGAUUUGUUAUUCCAUAUUUCUUGUUGUCCUGUCUUAUGCUUUAAUUUAUGGUGCAACACGUGAACAUCCAAAUCAUUAUAAUGGUCCAUGGGAUAGUUUAAGAUUGUUUUGCGAGAUUUUGAGCAUCAUAUUUCUUAUGAUCUAUGUAUUGGAGGAGUUCUAUCAAAUAUACAGAGAGUUCAAAUCUUAUUACAAAGAUCCAUACAAUUAUUUCGACUGGAUAGGAAUCAUUCUCACCCUCCUUGUCAUCCCCCUUCGCUAUGUGGACGUCAGCGCACAAUGGAGUUUUGCAAGUAUUGGAUAUCUUUUCAACUUUUUGAGAAUUUUUAAGUUCUCAUGUGUGACAAGGACAACUGGUGUAUACACAAAGACUCUGGCAAAGAUUGUCUAUCGUGAUAUCAGUCGUUUUAUUGUUGUUUUUAUAAUUGUCUUUAUUGGAUUCUGUGGAUCAUUUUUCAUGGCAUUGACUGCUGCUCACAUGCAAGAUCUCUUUACUGAUUAUGGACAAUUGAUGUUGGCAGCUGUUAGAGUUUUAACAGAACAACAACCUAUUAAAGAAAACUAUGGAAAGUUCAAUUGGUUCAUAAUCUUGAUUCUCCUUUGCUACAUGGCUAUGGUGAUUGUCAUUCUUCUCAAUAUUCUCAUUGCCCAGUUAAGCUUUACAUACAGUGAGGCGAAAAAUCGUGCAAAACUACAGUAUGCCAUAGAUCGAAUGGCAAUCAUUUCAAGACUGGAAAGAGGUAUUUUUGGAAAUUAUUUCCGGCUGAAAUAUUACCUGGAAGGUGACAAGGUGAACGAGAAUGAUCUUGUCAAAGAAAUGUUGGAGUACAAUGAUGAACAACAAUCACUGGAAUCAACGGAUGAAAAACUAACAUACGUCAGGGAUUUGAUGAAAAAAGUUUUUCGAAAGAUUUCAAAUGAAUCAUCAUAAAUGGAAAAACAUUUAGAUAAAUUGUGCACUUUUUCUAAUUUCGACAAUUUUAUUUCCUUUUAAUGUGAUACAGUCUAAAUGUUGUAAAAAUGCUGUUGAACAGUUUUUAAUAUUUCUGAUAUGUGUAGAUAUUCACUAAGUGUAGUGUCUCUAUUGCGUAGCAUAACAAUGCCAUUGGUUAAUGUUGAGUCCUGUAUGAGAACUGUAUAAGGAGUACCAAUCAUAUCUUCACCUAAGGUAAGUUUAUCUACAUCAAGAGAACAUCCAACUUGGAAAUGGUGACUAUUUAUACCUAAAACAAUGUGAAAAAAAAUAAAGAAAAUAAACAUAUAUAAAAGA